UAGCCAUCGAGUUUCAACUUCGUGCUGAAUUCAAAAUGGAGUUUCUUCUAGGUGUAGUAGGGAAGGAUUUUGUGAUGGUUGCAAGCGACUGCAAUCAAGGACGGAGUAUUGUGAGAAUGAAAGAAGACUACGACAAGAUGUUCACACUCAGCGAUAAGCUGUUGAUGUUAGUUGUCGGAGAGUCAGGAGACACUGUCCAAUUUGCUGAAUAUAUUGAGAAAAAUAUCCAACUUUAUAAAAUGAAAAAUGGUUAUGAACUCUCCCCGCAUGCUGCUGCAAACUUCACUCGUAAAGAACUUGCCGACUAUCUUCGUAGUAGGACACCAUACCAAGUGAACAUAUUGUUUGCUGGUUACGAUAAACAAAAAGGACCUGAGCUAUACUUCAUGGACUAUUUAGCAUCACAGCAAAAGGUACCUUUUGCAGCUCAUGGUUAUGGAGCAUUCUUCACAUUGGGUAUAUUAGACAGAUAUUAUGAAUCAGAUAUGUCAGUGAAUGAAGCGAAAAGUGUCAUAGAUCGAUGCAUUGCUGAGGUGCAAAAACGUUUUUUGAUCAACAUGCCCAAAUUCAUCAUUCGUUACGUUGACAAGGACGGUAUACACACCUGUGAAAAACCAGAUUCAAAUGAAACAUGAGUAGGAGAACUCUGUUCUGCUAAAUGUUUAAUACGUUUGCAAGUGUUCGGGAGAAACUAGAAGUUUGUCGAAGAUGAUACGCUUAAUUUUUCUGUCACGUAUACUAAAUUUGUAUUAAACUAGUUUGAUGCUUGA